AUGUCGGACAAGCCCGAAGGCACUAAAGACAUGGCCCAGCGGCCGCCCUACCAGCACCGGUCCGCCGAGGACUUCGGUGAGGUCAAGUGGCGCGGCAAGUGCCAGUGCGGGCAAGUCAAAUACAAGCUCAACAAGGAGAAGCCUCUCAAGGCCAAGUUCUGCCACUGUCGCGGGUGUCAGAUGACCCAUGCUGCCCCCUUCCAAUGGGCCGCCAUCUUCCACAAGGAGAACCUGCUCUUCGAAAAGGGCGCCGAGGGUCUGGCAUUCUACUCCUCCACCAACAAGACCCGGGAAUACUCCCUGCCCACCAAGGUCUUCUGUUCGUGGUGCCGGUCGCCGAUCAUGGACGAAGGACGGAAUGUCUGUCUGCUGUUCCCGGAGUCGAUUGAGUGCGGAGACACCGACGCAGAGCGUCUGGAGUGGCGGAAGGCCUUCGAGGUCGAUUGCCAUAUCUUCUACAGCCAGCGGAUUCUAGAGAUCCCAGAUGGCAAGCUCAAGUGGGCUGGGAUGGACGAAGACAGUGAAAAGGUCGAUGAUAUGGGCAAGCCCACGGAAUGA